AUGAACGAUAACAAACGUAAAAAUAGUGGUUCGAUUGCAACAUGGCUAGAAAAACGAUCCAAGACAACGAUCCAAGACACACGUACAAAUAUGAUGAAUGAUCCGAUUCCAAUUGCUGUAUCUUCUGUAACACAGGUACAUCUGAAUCAACAAUCACCGAAUGAACCUACUACAACUCAUUUUUCAAUGACAACUGAAUUAAGUAAUGAUAUUGGUGAUUAUUUAGAAAAAGGUAGUCAAACUGACCAUGUAAAAGCAAGGUUUUUAGAAGCACCUAAUGUUCCUGAUAAUAAUUUUCUAUACCCUUUUAGUUUGCAUAAUAAAAAAGGUAAACAAGAAAAAAGAUACCUCAAAAGGGAUCAUUUUAUUCAGUAUAAAUGGCUUGUAUAUUCACAAAAAAAAGGUGGUGUUUUUUGCAAUUAUUGUGUUUUUUUUGCAAAUAAAGGAGGAAAAGAUAAAAAUGUAACUCUAAAAAGUUUGGUAACUGUACCUCUUGAUAAAUAUGCCAAAAUAUUGGGUGAAACUGGUGAUUUUAGCAAACACAGUAAAAACUUAUACCAUAUAAAUGCAACACAAAUGGCCAAUGAUUUUUUAAUUUGCUAUAAAAAUCCGGAAAAAGAAAUUAUUAAUGUAAUUAAUAGUACUAGGUUGAAGCAAGUUACUGAAAAUCGAGCCAGAUUAAAACCGAUUGUUGAAUCAGUGAUUUUUCUUGGGCGACAAAACAUUCCUUUACGUGGCCAUCGUGACCAAGGCAGCUUGAUAGGUAAUGAGCAGAAUAAAAAUAAUUUAUCUGUAGUAAACGAAGGAAAUUUUCGUGAGCUAUUAAGGUUUCGGAUACUAUCAGGAGAUACAGUUUUACAAAAUCAUUUGGAAACAACUAGUGCAAAGGCAACAUAUAUCUCACACACAUCUCAGGAAGAAAUUAUACAGUGCUGCAAAGAAGAAAUUUUAUUUCAAAUAAUGGAAAAUAUAAGAGAAAGCCAAUAUUUUUCAAUAAUAUUUGAUGAAACUACAGAUAUUUCUCACAUUUCUCAAAUGAGUUUAAGUUUAAGAAAUAUAGAUAAAGAAAAUAAGGUUCAUGAACGGUUUAUUGGCUUCAUUAACUGUCAUAACUAUGUAUAUACAAACCAUAAUGAAUUAGAUGUAAUAGAGCCUUGUACAAAUAUAAAUUUAGAACCAAAACUGACUGGUGAGAUAUUAGGCAAUACUGUAGUUAGUGUUUUAAAAGACAUGUCACUGCAUUUGGAUGACUGUAUUGGAAUUGCAACUGAUGGAUGUGCUGUAAUGACAUCUGUAAUAAGAGGUGCCGUUCAACACAUUCAAAAGAGCUGUGUCAACGCUGUUCAUAGUCCAUGUUCUAAUCAUGCCUUAAAUUUGUCAAUCUCAAAAUCCUCCAAUGUACAACUGGUAAGAAAUAGCAUGGGCAUCAUCAAAGAAGUUUUAUCAUUUUUUAAUUUAUCUUCGAAACGCAAUUUUAUUUUGAAAAAUAAUCUCAGAGGUCAAAAACGAACAAUUACUUCUUUAUGUGAGACUAGAUGGAUUGAGCGGCACGAUAGUAUAUUUGAAUUUCAAACAAACCUGAAAGAAAUAGUUGAUAGUCUUAUAAAUAUUUCAGAAUGGGACGACCAUGUUUCAUCAUCAAAAGCCAAAACUUUGAUUUUUUCUAUAUGUAAUUGUGAGUUUAUUGUGACAUUAUUUACUGUUACAAGUAUAUUAAGCAUUACUUCAGCGGCUAGUAAAUUAUUACAAAGUGUGACACAAGAUGUUGCUUCUGCCACUAAUUGUAUAAAUGACAUUAUAAAGACCCUAAAUGACAAACGCACUAAUUGUGAUGUGCAAUUUAAAAAAGUAUUUGAAGAAAGUAAAAAUGUAAUGACUGAGUUAGAUGUAGAAAUUAAGCAACCAAGAAUUGUAAAAAAACAAAAUCAAAGGUGUAAUACACCAGCCAAUUCUAUUGAAGAAUAUUACCGUAGAAUAUUAUUCAUACCUAUUAUUGAUAAUGUGUUAGAAGAUAUCAGAUACCGUUUCUUGAAUGACAAAAACAAAACAAUUUCCUUGCUAAUGCAACUCAUUCCAUCAAACACAAUUAAAAUGUCUUCAGAAACUAGUGAUGAAUUAAUUCAAACAGUCGGUGACCAGUAUGCAUUCCUUAAUUUUAAUACAUUCAUGUUCAGAGGUGAAUUAGAAUUAUGGAAGACUAAAUGGACCACACAAAAGAAUGAAGGAUUAAAUAUUCCAAAUGAAGUGUUUUCUGCUUUUGAUGAAUGUUCUAACAUAUUUUUCCCAAGUAUAAAAAAACUAUUAUUGGUCUUAGGUACACUUCCUGUCAGCGUUGCUACUGCAGAGCGUAGUUUUUCCACUCUUAGAAGGUUGAAAACUUGGAUAAGAAGUGAAAUGGGCCAAAGUAGAUUAACGGGUUUGGCGCUUUUGCAUAUACACAGGCAGCUUCCGUUAAACGUAGACAAGAUAAUAGACCGCUUUGCUAAGAAUAAAAGAUGUUUAGAUUUUGUUAUAUAA